AGGACUAGCUACGCACCACAGCCGGACCACAGCUCCGCUCACGUAGCUAGCAGUCGAGAGCGAGGACGGCACGCUCUUUCGCUAGAGACCUAGAGUGGCACAGCACAACAAUAAUCGAGCGUGACAGAGAACCGAGCCAGAGGCCGGCGCACCAGGACACGGCUGGUAAAGAGCUAGUGCCAAACUGACAGAACGCAUCGUCCCGGUCUCCACACAGACCCUUGGCCAUGAGCACGGACGCCGUCCCGGUGGCCGUGGCGCCGGCGAAGCGCCCGCCCAUCAACAAGUACGCCUUCGCGUGCGCCCUUCUCGCCUCCAUGAACUCCGUCCUCCUCGGCUAUGACAUCUCGGUGAUGAGCGGCGCGCAGUUAUUCAUGAAGGAGGACCUAAAGAUCACGGACACGCAGAUUGAGAUCCUCGCCGGCGUCAUCAACAUCUACUCGCUCUUCGGCUCGCUAGCCGCCGGCCUGACCUCCGACUGGCUCGGCCGGCGGUACACCAUGGUGCUCGCCGCCGCCAUCUUCUUCACGGGCGCUCUCCUCAUGGGCCUUGCCCCGGACUACGCCAUCCUCAUGGUCGGCCGCUUUGUGGCCGGCAUCGGCGUCGGUUUUGCCCUCAUGAUCGCCCCCGUGUACACGGCCGAGGUGGCGCCUACCUCGGCUCGCGGCUUCCUCACCUCGUUCCCGGAGGUGUUCAACAACUUCGGCAUCCUCCUCGGCUACGUCUCCAACUUUGCUUUCGCGCGCCUUCCAGUCCAUCUGAGCUGGCGCGCCAUGUUCCUAGUCGGCGCCGUGCCGCCUGUAUUUCUCGGUGUCGCCGUCCUCGCCAUGCCGGAGUCGCCCCGGUGGCUGAUCAUGCGGGGCCGCAUCGACGACGCGCGCCGAGUCCUGCAGAAGACCUCCGACUCGCCCGCGGAGGCCGAGGAGCGGCUCCUCGACAUGAAGAAAGCCAUCGGCAUCCCUGAGGGCGCGUCCGACAGCGACGACGUGGUCGCUAUCAUCCGCGCGAACAAAGGCUCGCACAGCGAGGGUGUGUGGAAGGAGCUGCUGAUCAACCCUUCCAGGCCCGUGCGCCGCAUGCUCGUUGCCGGCCUCGGGCUCAUGUUCAUCCAGCAAGCCACGGGCGUGGACUGCGUGGUGAUGUACAGCCCGCGGGUGUUCGAGCGGGCCGGCAUCAAGUCCAAGACCAACUCACUGGGCGCCUCCAUGGCGGUGGGCGCGUGCAAGACGUUUUUCAUACCGAUCUCGACGCUGCUGCUCGACCGCAUCGGCCGGCGGCCGCUGCUGCUUGCGAGCGGCGGCGGGAUGGCCAUCUUCCUGUUCACGCUGGCCACGUCUCUGCACAUGAUGGACCGGCGCCCGGAGGGGGAGGCGACGGCGCUGGGCGCGGUGAGCAUCGCGGCGAUGCUGUCGUUCGUGGCGUCGUUCGCUUCCGGGCUGGGUCCGGUCGCUUGGGUGUACUGUUCGGAGAUCUACCCGCUGCGGCUGCGCGCGCAGGCCGCCGCCAUCGGUACGGGGCUGAACCGGAUCAUGAGCGGGGCCACCACCAUGUCCUUCCUCUCGCUUUCCAACGCCAUCACCAUCGCCGGGAGCUUCUACCUCUACGCCUCCAUCGCGGCCGCAGGAUGGGUGUUCAUGUACUUCUUCCUGCCGGAGACGAUGGGCAAGAGCCUGGAGGACACUGUGAAGCUCUUCGGCAAGGACACGGACGACGCGGACGUCGUCGUCAGCCGUCACGAGCGCAAGAAAUCCACUGAGCUCAGUGCUCAGCAGUGAGUGAAAGUACCGUGCACAUGUCCAUACACAUAUCAUCCCGAGUGUGGCCGAAGCUAGCCGUUCGAAAAGCUUCGAUGAUAUGCAUGUUUCGUGUUGUGAACCUUUAGAUCCUACCCACCUUUCGUUUGAUUUCUGAAUUUUUUGGCCGCACACACCUUUUUGGCCGCAGCCAACAUGUAGGGACACUGCCACACUGAGCAUUGCACGACCAAAAAAGCAUGUGAUAUUCCACGUGUUCAAAAGGUCACAGCCACCGUCAGCGAUUACGCAGGUCUUGCCUUGCGGAGUGCAAACGUGACAGAUCUUUUUUCUACUGUGGCAGUGUAUAAAUGUACUGGUGAGCAGUGUAUCUACUGAUGUACAUAUACCUGUUAUAUGAGCCAUCUUUCUGUCA